AUGCCAUCGCUACUUUUCUUCCUGUGUCUCCUGUUUUUCAGUCUCCCACAGGCUUUCGCAGCUGCCAUCCCGGGCCGCCCUACGGUCUACCUCAUCCGUCAUGGCGAGAAGCCCCCGGAUCCCGAGGACAGCGGGUUGAACGCCGACGGCUUCAAGCGCGCAGAGUGUCUCCGAGAAGUCUUCGGUGCGACCUCGCCCUAUGAUAUCGCCCAUGUGAUGGCCCCCAAGAUCAAUUCGCUGGGCCAGCAUCGACGGCCCUAUGAGACUGUACUCCCCGUCGCAACAGAUCUCAAUCUCCCGGUUGAUACGUCCUGCAAGCGAAACCGGGCCGAAUGCGUGGCGAAACGGAUAAGAGAGUUCAAGGGACCCGGGAAUAUUCUGAUUUCCUGGCGACAUGGCAAGAUGAGGGAGAUUGCCCAGGCCUUGGGCUACGAGGACCCCCCCGCCUACCCUGAUGAGCGGUUCGACCUGGUUUGGACCAUCCCGUUUCCUUAUGAUAAUAUCACCAGUAUCCGAAGCGAACGAUGCCCGGGGUUGGAUGUGCCGCAUGCGAUGAAGCCGAGCGGAGAACGUGAGCGCCAAGAUUUCAAGUCGCCCACCCAAUUUUUUCGAGGUAUCGCGGCUUUUGCUACUUUGCCCGAGCGUUGCCCCCAAAUAUCCUUCAACCUCCAGGAACGGCUGCGAAGCCACGCUCAGGCCUUCGAUGGUCUGCUGUCGCUGAUCCCGGCAAAGCACUACUACGGCGAGGAUGGCAGUGAGCAAUGGAAGCGGAAGAAGCAGACCAAGGAACAGGCUAGAGAGGCCAAGCGGGCGAAGCUGGACCCCGAGUCGGCCAAGUCGGCCAAGGACGUGAUGGACGAGAACGCACGGAAACGCAAACGCGACGAAGAGCGCAAGGAGGGUGACGACUCGUCCGACGGCGACCUCGGCUCGGAGAUGCCCAAGGAAGGUCUGAAGAGAGGCGACGCAAAGGCCAAGAAGCAGAAGCAGGGUGAAAACUCGGCAAAUGCGGAUGGCACCCCCGCCAAGUUGAACGAGGAGGCAGAGGCGCGCAAGAAGCUGAAGGAAGACAAGAAGGCACAGAAGAAGGCCGCCCAAAAAGAGAGGAAGAAGGCCAAGGACGCCGCUAAAAAGGCCCAGGUGGUAGAGCUACCAGCGACCGAGACCGAGACCAAGACCCCUGCGGCCGAAGCCGUACAAAAAUCCGAGUCUGCCCCCGCCGGCGGCAAGUCUAAAAAACAAGAAGAAGAAGAGGAGGCCGACAGUGACAAUGAAAGCGCUGAGGGUGUUCCUGCCGAGGAGCUCUCUCUCGAGUUCAAUGCUGAACAAGACGAACAGCCGUCUGCGUCGAGCUCCAACUCCCCUGCCUCGAAUCCCCAAUCCGGCAGCUCUUCCAUAUCCUCCAUUGUCCCUCCCACCGAUGCCUCCAAGACCUCGACCUCCGAACCUAAGCCCCUCAAGCCCACCCCCGAUCAACUAAAAGAGCGCCUACAGAAGCGCCUCGACGAGCUCCGCGCCGCUCGUCAAGCCGACGGACUGAACGGCCGGCCCGCCCGCAACCGCCAAGAGUUGAUCGAAGCCCGCCGACAAAAAGCGGAGCAACGCAAGGCGCACAAGAAGCUGCUGCGCCAGAAAGCCAAGGAGGAGGAAGAGCAGCGGGAGGACGAAGCCAUGGCCCGGCGCUUCUCUCCGGGCGGUUCCGGGUCUCUCCUUGCCUCUCCGCGCUCCCCGGCUGAGUCGGUCAGCUCCAACAACAACUACGCCUUUGGCCGGGUCGUCUUCGGUGAUGGCCAGCAGGCCGACCCCACCCUCUCCAGCACCCGCGAGCAACCCAAGCACCGCCAAGGGACUCACGACCCCGCCGCGGCUCUCAAGGCGGUCGAAGCCAAGAAGGCCAAACUGGCCGCCAUGGACGAGGAAAAGCGGGCAGACAUCGAGGAGAAGGACAUGUGGCUGAACGCGAAGAAGCGGGCACACGGUGAGCGGAUCCGGGAUGACACCUCCCUGCUGAAGAAGGCGCUCAAGCGCAAGGAAACGGCCAAGAAGAAGUCGGAGCGCGAAUGGAAGGAGCGUCUCGAGGCCGUCAAGAAGGGCCAGCACAUGAAGCAGCAGCGCCGCGAGGACAACCUCCGGAAGCGCCGCGAUGAGAAGGGCGGCAACAAGGGCAACAAGAAGAAGCCCGCGGGCGGAGCCAAGAAGAAGUCUCGUCCGGGCUUCGAAGGCAGCUUCAAGUCCAAGUCCGGUGGUGGCAAGAAAUAA